GAGUUUCUGCAGAGGACCCCGACCGCAGGCGUGGGUUUGGGACCAUGAGCUGCCUCUUAGGAGCCAUCAGCCCCAACUGAUCCCACAGACUUUGAGACUCUGGGCAUGAGUACCUAGAACAGUCCUGAAGAGAACACUGAACUGUGAGCAGCAGAGAGAAGCUCGGGCCCUGGUAAAGCAAUACAAGGACGCUAGACCUGUCAUUGAACCUUCCAAGAUCCGUUUCCUCUGGCAGCAUGAGAGGGUGAAAGGGGGAAAAACCCUUCUGAUGCAUCCUGCGCUAAAAGGCCUGUGGUUCCAAGGAUUCCGUUUAAGAUCGGGCAGCCCAAGAAACAGAUUAUUCCCAAAACCGUGGAGAGAGAUUUUGAGAGGGAGUAUGGAAAGCUGCAACAGCUGGAAGAGCAAACCAAGCGCUUGCAGAAGGACAUGAAGAAAAGCACCGAUGCUGACCUGGCCAUGUCCAAAUCUGCUGUGAAGAUAUCCCUGGACCUACUCUCCAACCCGCUGUGUGAACAGGACCAGGACUUUCUGGACAUGGUGACAGCCCUAGACACAGCUAUGAAGCGCAUGGAUGCCUUCAACCAGGAGAAGGUGAACCAGAUCCAAAAGACAGUGAUUGAACCCCUGAAAAAGUUUGGCAGCGUGUUCCCGAGCCUCAACAUGGCAGUGAAACGGCGGGAGCAGGCCUUGCAAGACUACAGGAGGCUGCAGGCCAAGGUGGAGAAGUACGAGGAAAAGGAGAAGACUGGCCCAGUGCUGGCCAAGCUCCACCAGGCCCGAGAAGAGCUUCGGCCUGUACGGGAAGACUUUGAGGCCAAGAACAAACAGCUCCUGGACGAGAUGCCGCGGUUCUAUGGCAGCCGACUUGACUACUUCCAGCCCAGCUUUGAGUCCCUGAUCCGGGCACAGGUUGUAUACUACUCAGAAAUGCAUAAGAUCUUUGGAGACCUCACCCAGCAGCUUGACCAACCAGGCCACUCAGAUGAGCAGCGAGAGCGGGAAAACGAGGCCAAACUAAGUGAGCUCCGCGCCCUCUCCAUUGUGGCUGAUGACUGAGCCUGUCCCUCAGGAGUCCUCAGACUCCUUGGGAUACAGAUGACAUCUCUACCGUCUUUGCUCUUAGCAGGCAUGGACUCAUGGGCCUCCCAGUGGAGACAGGUGAUCACUAGUCUGCCUUGCCAGUCCUCUGACUUAAUGUCUCCAUUGCCUUGGGUCGUCGCAGGCUGUUUCCCCUGCCCAAUGCUAAUAAGCAAGGUAGAAAAACCCAGGGGCCUUUUUACUCCCAGAACCGUCCAGAGUGUGCUACAGUGUCUGGCCAACAGGAGCCUCAGCCUUUAGAAGGAGGCCUUAGCUCUGACUACCUCCAGAGGACUCCCACCAUCCCCUCCCCUUGUGAUUCUUCAGACUGUUGGGUGAGACACUGCCCUGCGGAGCAGAACUCUGGUCCCUCUGCUGCAGCAGGCCACUCAUGCCAACCCGACCAAAGCUGGUCCCCUGCAGGUCCAGCUAGGGACAAGCCCCCGGUAUUUCGCUUUCCCUGGUAGAUGGACUCUGUUCCUAGCUCUCCACUGUACAGAAUGUCACCCGUUGAUCCCCAGGCCUCAAAGCAAGGCUUACGUCUCACCUAUGUUGUUGGAAUUUUAUUUUCAAGUAAAGUUUCCAGUAAAAUAUCA